AUGUUACGUGAGAGGCGCGAGCUUUACGACCGCAUCGAGAGCUUCAACAAAGUGGACGUCGCCAUGGAAGCGGGCGGUGCGUCCGUCGUGCUGAUGGAAAAAGACAAGGAGGCUAUUCUGAAUGAGAGCAUCGAGUACACCCCCGCCGCACUGGAUUUCGCAUGCCUGUACGUGUUUGCGGGUGACCUAAUCUUCGUGUUGGCGAAACACGGCGGCGACCGCAAAGAGACGACACGAAUUGUCACAUCGUCGGAGCAGGGCAGUUUGUGGCUUUCGGACUGCACGAAACAGACCAUGGACCCGAACGCGGAGAUCGCGGACAUGUUGAACAAGGAUCUCGUGGUUUUCCCGAUGUGGGCGAAGCCCGAAAACGGAACGACAGUUUGCAGCGUCCUCGUUAUCCUGCAGCCUAAUCAGCUGCAAUACGAGAGGGACGAGCCGUCCAACACGCGUAUUAUCCACAUCGACCCGUGUUACGGCACAGACUCGCAACGAGAGCAGGCCACGAAAGUAAUCGAGCAUGCCCAAGACAUCGCCAUUGACACGCGGUACAACGAAGCAGUCGGAACCCGCAGCCACGGUGGUGCAGCGGAGGUUGCACAGAAGCGAGCGGGAGUUCAGGGUGCCGUCGCGGACGCGAGCAAAGGCGAGGGUGAGGGCGCGAAAGAGGGCAAGGGCGCGAAGGAGGGCGAUGGCGCGAAUGUGUGCGAGGGCGCGAAAAAGGGCGAGGGCGCGAACAAGGUCGAGGGCAUAGGCGAGGCCGAGGGUGAGGAGGAGGGCAAGAAUUAUGGCGCGGCCAAGGGCGAGGGCGAGGAGGAAAGCGAGGACGAGGGCGAAGGCGAGGGCGAAGGCGAGGGCGAGGGUUGGUAUGGGGAGGAGGGCGAAAACGAGGGCGAAUACGAGGAGGAUGACGAAGAGGAGUGGGAGGGCGAGGGGGGUGGGUACGGGGAGGGCCACGGUGGUGGGUAUGGGGAGGGUGAGGGCGGUAGGGACGGUGAGCGCGAGGGGGAGGGCGAAGGCGAGGACGGAGUGGAGGCCGAUGGAGCUGAUCGUGGUGAACGCCACAGGAUUGCGGGAGGCAGCACGAAAAUUGGGGCAUUGGUUCACGAUGCUCGUCAGGCUCCGCAGUUUCGCGCCGCUGGGAGGCGCGGAUUCGAGGGGCAGACACGGCUUGUGCGCCGGUCAGAGCGUGCGAUCGCGCAAAGGCGGACCGUGGACGAGUUGUCAUCGUGGCCUGCACUUACACUCGCUCACGAAGUAGUUCGUCUGGACUUCGCGCUCGAGAAUUCGAGGCAGGACCUAGCUGAUGCGCGACACGACAACUUCGUGCAGCGCAAGAAAAUCCGCGAACUUCUGACGAGGAUGGGGGAGCAUCGCGCCGCGUUGUCUCGUGUGACUGACAGGUCUGCCAGUGCUCUUAGGAGGUUGGAGGACAUGGAGAGACGUGCUGGCAAGGAUCUAGCGGAUGCUGUCCACGAGGUUCGGACGGAACGUGCAUCGGCGACAGCGCAGCGCGAGUCGUCGGAGCGUGCCAUAGCGAAGCUGGCGGAAGCGGCUUCUGCCCUGAUAUCGCAGGUUUCGCAACGCGGCCCUUUUUCGGCGGGAGCAGCGGGGAUGGAUUUUCUUACAAACGUUCGGGCUGGAGAUACGGGAUUGGCAAUCGCGGGCGAAAGGGCUGGAUAUGGUGUGCGGGAUCCGGGCCAAGGGCGGCGCCCGGGUAUGGAAUCCGGCGAAGCAGCAGUAGAAGAAAAAAGCGGGAAACGCAGCGCGGUCCUUCCUGCUCCUCUGGCAGCCACACCCCUCCCGAAAAAGGCAAAAUCGAACUCCGACCCGGUGAACAUCAUCCGUCAACCCGCGACCGGAAAUGCGGGUGGCGAAGUUCCGCACGGGCCGUCACAGUUCGCGGCUGGCAGCGCAGGAGGUCAUUCUGCUGGUGCAGGCACAGGCGGGACACUGGUCUUGCCGCUUCUUGUGGGAGCGGGCGGCACAGAUCCUGACGAGACCGAGGCCACGAAGGCCACCCUGGCGUUCAUGGCAAAACUAAAGGGUGGUAAGGGGACUGCAAAGGUACCCGCGAAGGAAAAGGGACACGCGAAGGAAAAGGGACCCGCGAAGGAAAACGAGCUCGGAGUUGGAAUUCGGGUUAACGCAAAAGGAACUGCGUGGACGCUGGAAUUGCACCACCAGAACUUGCGCUGGUACUUCGGCAGUUUCUCCGCUUUAGCAAACGCGCGAUAUACGGCCGCGGUUGUACAGACCGUGUGGCACAAGAGGGUUCCGAGCGACAAGAUGGUUUUAUCGGAGGCGGAAGAGGAGAAGUGGGCCGCGGAUCUGGAUGUUGCACGACUUUUGCAUCCGAGGGUGUUCGCGGUAAUGAAAAUAGCUGAUGGACCAGACGACCUGCUUGACGAGGUCGCGGCCUCGGUUGCGCUAGGCCUCGAAGUGGAAGCGGACGAGCCUUACGCGAAAUCGAAGGUUCCAGAGGGUGCUCUUGCCGGUGCCGUGGCGUUUACGGUCACGUACUUGUGGCUUGUCUCCAAGGGCCGUGAUCGCGGCUUCGCUGACACGGAAGCGAAACGCUCUGCAGAGAAGGCUGGAGCACCGGACCUGAACGUCGAGCUGAUCGUGGCCGCGUGGCUGAACCUGAUCGUGGCUCUGAAGACUAGCCACGAUGCGGACGAUGUGGAGAAGCAGGUGGUGGCCGCUUUUGGGGGUGCGAACAACAAGAGUUUGCGACCGCUCGUUCACGAGAUGGUCGAUGUACUGAGCACCUGGUGUUACGAUCCCGAUGCAGCAGCGAAGUUGAAGAGUGUCGGCAUGUUUUUGGAGUCUAGCGAUGAUCGCGCCAAAGUAAGGAACCAGCCCAGUUCGCGUUCGCGUGCGAAGAAGCCUUCCCCGAAACCUGGGAUGGAGAACGUUGAAGUGAUUUCCGAUGACGGGCAGUAA